AAUUCCCAGAUGGUCUCCAAGUUGUGAGUAAAAAUUGGCAAAUUAAUCAUCUCCAAUUUUAUUAUCCAAAUGCCGUAAAAGAUAUCAAAGAAUACAACAAACUGUUAAUUAAUAUGGCUAGUCCAGAUAAUGGAAGUUUAAAUUGGACUUUAUAUACAAUAAAAAAAAUAUAAUAUGGUUCUGAUGAUAACUUAAAAAAUGCUAUUUCGAAAUUAAAUCAAGCUAAAAAUUAUUCGGAUAUAGAUGAGGAGUCACCAAAAUAUAGACAUAAUCGUUGUAUUAAAAUGUUAUCAUCAUCUGAUGAUGAACUAAGCCCACCUAUGUUUCGUAGUAAACAUGAUAUGAAAAGUAAAAUAAUUGAUGAAUUUCCCAAACCACCAAAUGCAUUUACCUCAAAACAAACACGUAAGCGUAAAAAUGAUUCAUGCCUCAGUAUACAUGAUCAAGAUUCAGAAAGCUUUUUCGAUAGUUUACCAAAUGAGCCUUUAUGUACUUCAACACAAGUCUCAGUUCCUGGAAAUGAUUUAACAUCAUACGAAGAGCCUAAAACCAAAAAAAGUCCAAUUAUAUCGCAAUCUAAUGAAAUUAUUGACAUUGGUAUAAAUAAUAAAUCUGGUUUUUUUAAAGAUGCAAUUGAGUUAUCAUUGUUUAGUAACAAUCACAUUGACCCUGAUCCAAUGAGAGAUAAUGAUAUAACUGGUUUGAAUUUCGAAGAAUUGUGUACUAAUGAAGGUCUUAGUGUUCAUAAUAAAGUCUCCAGUCAAGUAUUUGAUGCUUCGAAGAAUAUCAGAGAAGAAAACAAUAUUAUUGCAGAUAUAGCAGAAUUGAAUCUCAAAGUUCAAAAAGUUCUUAUCAAAGUUCUUAUCUAA